CUCAUUUUCGCUUCACUUUGGUUACAUCAUUAGUUGAGAUAAUUGUUGUUUCUCCUGAUCAUUUUAUCACUUUAAUUGCCAAACAGGUAAAAUCUAUUAUGGUUAACAAUUAGCUAAUUAAAGAGGUUAAUUGUUUAUCAAUUAACUACAAAUUGUAUAGUCUUUGGUUACAUGUUGCAAAAAGGACAACCGGACAUCCUCAUCCUGUGUAAUCUUAACCUGAAAUUUUGUCUCUCACUGAUUGUGAUCAAUUCAAUACAGGAAAAUCAUCAAAGUCCAGAGUCAUGUCCAGUUUCAAGGAGAAAGUGAAAGAUCUUGACAUAUCUUUAAGCUACAAGAUAUUCAAGAAUUAUCCUAAAGGUGCUAAGUACCGACGAUUAUUAUCUGUCCUCGAAUGGUCCUGCCAUGGAAUCCCCUGGUUCAUUGGUGUAAUCAUUGCCAUCUACAUUUGGCCUGAGAGUAAACUGUUGGCACAAUUGUUGGCCGGUUUGUUGCUCGACGUGAUCGUCGUUGCGCUUGUCAAAGCUUUAGCACGUCGACGAAGACCAACUUAUGCCAAUCAAGAUGAUCAGUUGAUCGUUGCAUCGAUUGAUAAACAUUCUAUGCCCUCUGGUCAUGCAUCUCGAGCGGUUUAUAUUGCCCUUUUAUUCAACACCGGAUCAUUUUGGUCGCAAUGUAUCUGGGCCUGGGCUGGAAUCGUCGGUCUAUCCCGAAUCUUCAUGGGUCGACAUCAUAUACUUGACGUUGCGGCGGGUUUUGUGUUCGCUUUCACCAUUUACACUUUACAAUUUUGCUUCGGGGGAUUUUUGAAUAAACUAAUCAUUUGGAUUCUUCUUCAUCAAUUUAGUAACACCAAUGAUUUAACUGAAGGUGAAAACAUUGUCGUCGUGUCUUCAGAUGAUUAAUCAAUCACUUCUGUCAUCAUCGUCUAUUGUUUAAUCAACUUAGAUCCUAAUUAACUUGAUGAUUCUCAACGAAUAUUGUUACAAUUUAACAAUUAAGAUCUCUCCUUGUUCAUUUCCUCAACUAAUUGUUAACUCAUUUUGUGCCUUAACCCAAAAUUUAGAGUACAAACAAUUAACUCUAUGAAAGAAAAUAUUGUUUUUUUUUCGUUUCCUAAUUGAUCCAAUCAUCUAUUCAAUUCUUAAUUAUUAAUUGAUUACAAAUCCUUUUGAUUAUAUUUUAACCCAAUCAAUUGACAAGAUGAAAUUAUUGUUUUCACUAAUUAGUUGAUAACAUUAUGUAAUAUUAAACGAGAAAAUAAAUAAAAUCAACUUUACGUUGAUGAUUAAUGAAA